AGGUUUUAGUGUGCUUCAUGAAGCAGGUUGUUUUUAGCUUGCUUGAAAAGCUUGAGCAAUGGGCAUAGAACUUGUCAGCAUGUUUCUCCAGCUGUCCUGCUAAGUAUCUCCUGACCUCCUCGCCCAGGAGAACCAUUGACAUCCACUGAUGCUUCUGGAGUUCGAAGCACUCCAUGCAGUGCCCCAGCUUCUGGAGUUCGGUGCACUCUGUGCAAUGCACCACAUCUCCUUGGACGAGCCAUAAGGCCAGGGUAAGCUGCUGUGUGCCUUUAAUGCAGGGCACAAAGGAGACAUUCAGUCACCAGGUGAGUAUCAAGUUUCAGAAGUAAAUCUGAACUAAUGCUCUGAACCCUGCCAGAGCUGAAAAAAACACACAACAGAUCUGGUUUUGUGCUCUGCUUAUUUGCCUUAAUUUCUACAGACUGCACAGUCUGUAAAUGACCUUGUCUCGCCAUUCUGGCUGUCCUCCCUUUGAGAUCUGCAUGUAAGCAUACCAGCAUCCAUCCUGGUCUUCCCGCUUCUUCCCAGGCUGUCAUCACCACUACUCUGCAGGAACCAUAUUCCAGCUAGUGAAGUCUCACAUAGUAAUUGUUCUCGUGUUAGAAGCUGAAAAAGAAAAAUACAAUUUCUCAACUCUCUGGUCAAUGAAGGGUGCACCUCCGUUUGACAAACCAGUUAUUUGGAUUCCUCUUUUUGUAAUAGCUUUGUAUCAGUUGUUACUUUUAAAAAAUGCUUGCAAAGGUGGAAUAUGUCUAAGGGCCUCUUGUCUCAAAGUGCUUGCAAAAUGGGAAGAGCUAAGUUUAAACUGCUGUGGUUUGUUUCCGAGUCAGUAGAUAACUUGACAGGAAGGCUUUUGGGUGUGAAGUCAUGUAUUUAUAGUGUGAAUUCUGACACGUGAUGUUGCUUGCAGGUCGAGAUGAACCAUUGCUGUCUCCAUCCCCUUAGCACAAGCAUGUAGACUGUGCUUGUCGUGGAGUCCUCUGCUUUCAUUCCAUUUUCCUCCAGCUCCUGUAAAGCCAAAAUAGCUACCAGUCAGUGGAAGAUGAUCCGUGAGAUGCCAAACACCAGUUUAAUCAGUAAAAAUAAGUAGUGUAGUAAGCAAUUUGAAGUAGUUCCUAUUGGUGGCAGAAGACAGGAAACUUUGCUUGUGUUACUGUCUGUUGCAAGAGUGGCAGUGAGGUCUGUACCCGGUUUGUACCCUGCGUUCCUUAUCAAUGACAUGUUUGCAUAAUGAGCUCACAAGGUAUGUUGGUAUGAAAGGUCACCAGCUGAGGGGAAGGCUUGUCAUUUUCUAGUUGCUUUUCGGGAAGAGUCACGUGAACUUUUAUGAGUAGGUUUACUGAUUACAAGUUGAGGCAGUCCGUGGUGGAUUUGCCAGUAAGCAAGGAGCAUGUGUUUCAGAAGCGAAUAUUGCAGCAGACAGCAUUGCAUUCAGAAAGAUGUUAUAACAAUAUGCCUUGAGACUAUGAUCAAAGCUGAGGCUUUCGAGGAUGUCCUUAUAAUAGAUACAUAUGUGUAUGUGCACUAAGUGGACUGCUAAUGGGAGCUGUAUGUAGUAGUGGAAACUUCCUUCCAAAUAAUGAUUCAGAAAGUAUCAUGUCUAAAUAAUCAGACCAAGGGUUUUUAUAACCAGGGGAAAUUAUCUAGAUAGGUCUAACUGCUAAUAUCAUGAAAAUGACCUAACUAUGAGUUAGUUGCAGCGUGUUUCAUGUUAUUAAUGUUUUCUAACUUAGUAAUAGCUUUGGUUCAGAGUUAACUCGUCUUAGCUAUGUGUCUUCAAAUUAUUUUCUGGUGAAUAUGGGGAAUUUUUAGCAUCUCACCCUGGAGGGACAGUUGAAAAUAUCGGUAUCUACUGAAUUACUUCACAGUGUGUCUUAGCAUUCAUCUAGCGUAAAGAUUCGAAGUGUCUCUGGGCAGUUGGGACCCUAAGUGGUAAGGAGACUGAUAGCAACGUUGAGGUCAGAUUUGUGGAGAGCAGUGUGUCCCGUAAGGUGUUUUUUGGAAGGCUGAACUGCAAGGUGGGGAGGAGGUCUGAGAAGGGGAAUUACUAUUUUAGAAACAGGGGAAGAGACCAUUUCCUUUUAAUGGGAUUGCUGUUUGUUGUGUAGUCAUGUGUUAGACCUCUGGUGACAUGACCUAAAAAUAAAUCCAGGCAACAGGCAAACGGGGUUUUGGAUCUGGUUAUUUCUUACUGGAAGUGGCUUUCCUCCUUUGUUAUAUCUCCUAUCUCUCCUGUAGUUAUUUAGUAAGAGACCUCAAAAGUUUGUCAUCUUAACUGGUGCUCAUGCAGUCUCCCCUCCGCCCUCCCCCCCCCAAAUUAUACUUCACCCUGUUUACAGCAUAAAAUGAAAAUCAAAGAUGGCUUUGUACAGUCUAGUGCAGAAAGUACACAGGUGUCUUAAAUGUGAGACUGAGCACAGUUACAUACUUCUGUGCUAAAAGUGCAAAUUUUCACAGUGAAGAAGGCGUGCUUGUUGCAAACAGUUUUGUUCAUUUGUCGCUGAAGUCUUCUGAGCUUCCUCCCCUCUGUUUUUUUCACAGAGCCUUGUUCAGUCAAUGGGGUGUUGGAAGAACUCACAAAGGAAGAAUGCCAACACGAAUAUGAAGUGAACCAUUUCCUAUGCUUGCCACGGUGCGUGGAUGCUCAUAUCAGAUGGUUAGAGACAGGGACUUGCCUCUCGCCAAACUGCUUCCUAGAACAAGAUGAAGCCAAGGAGGAGGUUUCCAAUGCACUGGAGUCACAGUGACUGCUGCCCAAUUUAAAAUCGAUGUCAGACUGUGCCACAGCUGCCUGGCGAGAUGAAAGAAGUGGUGUUGUGGUCACCCGAGGAGGUGACGAAUUGGCUAACAGAAAAUGCUGUGCCAGAGUAUUGUGAGCCAUUGAAAAGCUUCACUGGGCAGGAUUUGAUCAACCUCACAGAGGAAGAUUUUAAGAAGACGCCUCUCUCGCGGGUGUCUUCUGACAGCGGACAGCGGCUUUUGCACAUGAUUGAAACUUUAAAAAUGGCUCACCACAUGGAGGCUCACAAAAAUGGGCACGUCAAUGGGCACAUCCGCAUCAGCAAUACCACGCGCGAGAAUGGCUUUAGCAGUAAAAUGAAGCUGAAUGGGAUGCCAAAUGGGUUUAAGAAGGAGAUGAUAAAGAUCCCCAUGCCGGAGCCAGAGCGCUCACAGUAUCCUAUGGAAUGGGGCAAGACUUUUCUGGCUUUUAUUUAUGCACUUUCUUGUUUCAUCUUUACUACAGUGACUAUCUCAGUCGUUCAUGAACGAGUGCCUCCCAAGGAGGUGCAGCCUCCCCUACCAGAUGCAUUUUUUGAUCGCUUUGAUCGGGUGCAAUGGGCUUUUUCUAUUUGUGAAAUCAAUGGCAUGAUCCUUGUAGGACUGUGGUUUGUUCAGUGGCUGCUCUUAAAAUACAAGUCUAUAAUUAGCAGAAGAUUUUUCUGUAUAGUUGGCACACUAUACCUGUAUCGGUGUAUUACAAUGUAUGUGACUACACUCCCAGUACCUGGCAUGCAUUUCAAGUGUUCUCCAAAGCUUUUUGGAGACUGGGAAUCUCAUCUGCGAAGGAUAAUGAAACUGAUUGCUGGCGGAGGAUUGUCCAUCACAGGAUCCCACAACAUGUGCGGCGACUAUCUGUACAGCGGUCACACCGUCAUAUUAACUCUUACAUACUUAUUUAUCAAAGAGUAUUCCCCACGGCGACUCUGGUGGUAUCACUGGCUUUGCUGGGCGCUCAGCAUGGUUGGGAUGUUCUGCAUCCUCCUUGCUCAUGACCACUACACUGUGGACGUGGUGGUGGCUUACUACAUCACUACAAGACUUUUCUGGUGGUAUCACACAAUGGCCAACCAGCAAGUGCUAAAAGAAGCUUCCCAAACUAACCUCCUUGCAAGGGUCUGGUGGUACAAGCCCUUCCAGUACUUUGAAAAGAAUGUCCAAGGAAUUGUACCUCGCUCGUAUCACUGGCCCUUCCCCUGGCCGGUGCUGCACCGGGGCAGGCAGGUGAAAUACAGCCGGCUGGUGAAUGACACAUAACAGCGUGUCGACAGACAAAAUGGGGGGGGAAAGGACCUGUCCCAAGUGCUAAGAACUCCAUAUGAGAAGAUGCCAUAAAAAAAAUCAACUGCUCCCUAACCCUUUCUUUCAACAGUUCCCUUGACUUAACCUAUUCAGUUACCUGGUAAGCACUGUGAUCUUUUUUUCUUUCCAAAGGAUCUGCGUUGGACAACAAUAAAGAAAAUUUAACUUAUCAUGCACUGUUAUACAUUUCUUGUUAAUAGAUUUGGGAUUUACAUUUACCCAUCACCAUGUUCCUUUGUAUAUGAUGCGACGACAUAAAUGAAAGCUUUUAUAUCAUAAGUUCUGGUCUUUCCAGUCACGUCUGGGAAUAAAACAUAUUAUUUUCUUGGGAAAACAUACUUUUCAUAUCUCUUGCCCCAAAGAUUGGGCUGUAAGCCAUUUUCUAGCAAAUGACUAUGUGAAGGUUUCUAAAUACCUGCCUUGGGUAAAAUCAAGAAAUCUUUUUACCUGUUGCACCAUGCUAUGAAUAAGGUGAUAGACACAGGAAGGUUUGGUAAUCUUGAUUUUGUAGAAUCUGCAGUGACUGUGUCAAAAAGUGCAAAAAAAGAAAAAAGAAAAAAAAAAGAAAAAAAAGUUGUAAAGUGGUUUUCUAAGUAUUUCCUAACUUUAUUUUUCAAAAUGUGUAUGAAAAUUAAAUUUAAAAAGAUUUUUACAUGUCAGAGAAUAGAGAGUUAAAAUUUAAAGAAAGUGCUUCUUGGGAGAGAGAGAUUUGUCUAUGUUUCUAGUGCCUUUCUUGUCUUGAUUGUAUGGUCAGUAGGCAGUCUUAAAUGUUUUUAUUUAAAAUAAAGUAUUCCAUGAAAGCAGAAUUAUAUAUACUGUAUAAUUACUAAUUUUUGCAUUUAUAGCUAAAUUAAACUGGAAAUUUGCUUAUAAUGUUGAAAUUGCCAUGUGUAGGGGGAAAAAACCAAAUAAAAAGGGUCCGAUCUUGCUCACACAUUGUGGACAGGUCACACUAAAAGUUAUCACUUUAUUGUCUACCUGGUAGCUGUAUUUUAAAAAGAAAAACAGCCAUGAAUUCCUGUUUUUUAAGAACUUUACAAAUGAUCACUGAGUGAACUACAAAUGGUUUCUCCAUCCCGUAUUGAAAUGUUGUUGAAAAACAACAAAGAUAUUCUAUUUCUUUAAAAUAUUUGUGCAGAAACUGCAUGUAAUUAUAAGUUUCACUCCUACCAUACAUAAUGUAUGUUUGGGGAAGAAUUCUAUCCUAAAAUUGCCAAUGUGCAGAGCAAAAUAGUUUUUUUAAAGAAUGAAGAAGAGAAAAUAUAUAUAUAUAAAUAUAUAUAUAUCCAUUCUGUAUUUUACGUGAAGCAGAGUUAUCUUCUGUAGGGUUUUUGUGUAUUCACAAGGUGAUAUUUGUAUUGUAAAACAACAAUGGUGAAGGAAAAUAAAGAGGCUUUUGAAAAA